UAUGUUUUAUAAUCAUCUUGAAAAAAGACUAACUUGUAGUACACGUAUCAUGAUCUUCUAAAAUCAUUAAAAUCCUAGCCUGGAAUUUAACUUUAAAGUGAAGUUGAGGUAUACGGAUUGUUAGGUUGGCCUUUUUACAAAUUUAUUCCCAAGAGUGCCUAACUGAGGUGUAAAAGGAUAAUUAUCUGCGCGUAUAGAGGAUUGACACAUCGCCUCUGUAAUUCAUCAUUGCACCACAUACUCAUUUUGGUGUUGGCAAAAGAUUGGGAACGGUACAUCCACUCUCUAAAAUCCGGGCUCGCCGUCUGUCUCGGAAACUGCGAAAAUAAUCUCAACAAAAUGGUUCUGAUGACGAUGAUAGCUCGUGUUGCUGAUGGACUGCCCCUAGCAGCAUCGAUGCAAGAGGAUGAACAAGCAGGCCGUAGCUUACAGGAGUACCAGACUCAAGCCAAGAUGCUCUUCAGAAAUCUCAAGCUCAAUGAGUCAUCCCCGACUAGGUUUACCAUCGAAUCUGGACCGAUGUUUUUCCACUACUUGAUACAGACUGGGAUCUGCUACCUGACACUCUGUGAGAAAUCUUUCUCCAAGAAACUUGCAUUCAACUAUCUGGAAGAGCUCCAUCAGGAGUUUUAUUCACAGUAUGGCAAGAGAGUACCAACAAUAAGCAGACCAUACUCGUUCAUUGAAUUUGACACCUUUAUACAGAAGACCAAGAAGUCGUACACAGACACGCGAGCCAGACGGAACCUUGCCAACAUCAACACAGAGCUACAAGAUGUACAGAAGAUCAUGGUACAGAACAUUGAUGAUGUCAUGAAGAGGGGGGUUUGCCUCGAAGAGCUUGAUAACAAGGCCAGCAAUCUCUCAACGAUAUCCAAGAAAUACAGACAAGAUGCUAAAAACCUCAACCUUAGAUCAAGGAACGCCAAAAUCGCUGCUAUCUUAGUCAUCAUAUUCCUUGUGUCCCUAGCCCUCUACUUUUGGUGGUGAUUCUAAGUGAUUUGUAUUUUACAUGUUAGGAUAAUAGUCAUCAUCUCCAAUAUUAAAACACACUGUAAAUUAACACAUUCCUGUAAAUAGAAUAAAUUAUAUUAAUACCCUACCAGGUUCAGUAAUAGAAUUUAGAAUUUAAUAAAAAUAAAUUUUUGUUGUACCCUGUAUAUGAUUUCUCUUUUUCAUUGCGAAUAUAGAAACUAAUCAAGGGCUUAAAUAUUUAGCAAUGAAAUAUACAUUUUUAUUCUAAUAACUAAUAACAAAUCUAAAGUUUGCUCAUAUUGUCUGCUGGGAGCAAGAAGAGCAUUCACUGAUAUACUUUUACACAUGGUUAAUGCCUUUCUGGCUUUCAGUAGAGGAUGUUUUUUGUAGAAAAUGAGCUAGUCACAGGUAGACUGACAAGGGAAGCCAAAUAUGUUUUAUGUACGAGUGCUCAUAACUAGUACUUGUCACGACUAUAUUAUAUAGUGUGUUACUAGCAAAAAUGAUCGGGUAUGUUCUCUAUAUUUGGUUGACUUUGAUCUUAACAUGGUGUAGAGUGCAAGCCUUUGAAUACAUCUAGUCCUAUUUGACAAACCAAUAUGUUGUUUAUUGAUGUUUUAAAAAGGGUACCAUACUUUUGAUGCACUGCUCCUGGUUUUCCCUUUCAAACAACAUAUACCUUUGGAAAUUUAAGUAAUUGAGAUGUUGUAAAAUUCUGUCAUCGUCGUGUACAGUACAUUCAAAUUAGAUCUUUAUGUUCACAGAGCUCUUCGGAUGUGUGUUUUAUGCCUGUUUGUAUACAGGAAUGUUUUUGACAACAAGAAGCAAAUACAGACUUAAGCAAAUAAUUCAUGUUGGGCUAUUAUUGAUAUAAGUCAUUUUUACGCUUUGGAUUAUACUAUUAUUUUUAAAGAAUUACAAUUCUGAAAGGCUUUCCCAAUUGCCUGUUAAUCAGUUUUUGUUCUUCUUCAUAUGGAUAGAAAUUACUGUCAAACAGCUCAGCUUGACUUACGAAUAAGAUUUCAUGUUGGUGUUCCUAAAAAAAAAACCAUGGUUGACAAUUUUGGGAAUCUUUCAUCUGGAGGUGUAUGAAAUAUUACUAUUUUGCUUGAUGGAGUAAACCCAUACAAAUGCAAUACUGAUAGCUUGUAAUGUGAGAUUUUAUAGCAUUCUUGAAUCUGCGUGUUGCUAUACUCAAACUUCAUUUUUUUUUCUCACACAAAUGAAUUUGUCUGUCAACGGUUGUCUAAUUCGCCAUUUGAAUUUCAUGUUUAUAUAAAUUAAUUUGAGGGAUGGUUUGUCAAUAAAAUCGUAUUGAAUUUCUAUUCAACUACUUUAAUUCCUAAUACUAAAGAAAAAGCAAAAUUUUAAGAUAGGAUAUUUUAAUAGAAAUAUUAUCUGCAAGAGGUUAAGAGAGGUCACAAGGGGGAUGUAUUAUAUAUGAAGUUAAAGGAAUAGUUUGAUGACAAGAACUUUUGAUUUCGUUGCCCAGCCAUAUAAAACAUAAGUUACAUAUAAUAUGGAAUGUAUUGUCUGCUGAGAGCCAGAAGGGUGUUAUCUUUAUAUAUACUUUCCCACAGAUUUAAAGAUGAAGUUGAGUUCUGGUCAUGCGAUUGUAUUGUGA